AACCCUCAACCCAAGUCCUUGUGAGUCCAUGCGAUGUAUUCUCGUUCAAGGUGAAUUGCAUGAAUUAAAAAAGACCGAGUAUAUUCCACAAAUGUCGGUUUCGCAGUCAGUGUAAGUCAAGACAUACUGGCUACAUCUUUAUAAUCGCAGAAACAGGUCGCAGUUAUCGAAAUACUGUGGUCAGUCACCCACUCUUCAACCUGGAGGAGGAACGUGCGUCGUCACUAUGAACGACCAGUGUAUGUGUGCGAGGGAGGUCAAAUGUACGCAGAGACCCUGAGUGUUCGUGCGGACUCACCAGUGACAGUGUGGGGAGUUGUGAGCGCGGCGGCCGAGGGGCAAGUCAUUCAGAAAAGAUUAUUCAGCAGCAUUUUGGAAAAGAACGUAAGACCAUGAGCAAGACGAGCAGGGAAGCAGAGGAUGAGAUGCUAUUGUCUUUGAGAGGCAAGCAGACAGCAGACUACAAGGAUUUCCUGUUUAUAUACAAGCAGAGAGCGAGCGCAGAUCCAUAUGACGCAGUCCAGAAUCCUCACGGUAUCAUCAACAUGGGCACAGCUCAGAGUCACCUCAUGGCCGAGGAACUUACACAACAGCUGAGCAGGAGCAGUGCCUUUGCUUUCUCCAAGAAAUAUCAACAAUACUAUGACUUUUCAGGCAUCCCCGAGUUGAAGGAGGCAAUAGCCAACUUCUUGACCAGACAUAUGAACCCUCAUAAGCAGCUCUUGCCAGAAUAUAUUGUAGUGAUGCCUGGAGCAACCUCAUGCAUUGAUGCCUUAGCCCAUGCCCUGUGUGACAGAGGAGAUAUCAUUAUAACAGCCACUCCAAGUUAUGGUUGCAUUUUCAGAGACGUGAAUGAUCAUGCUGGCGUCAUAGUAGAACCUUUAAAUCUUGUGCAGGGCAAGGACAGUAAGACAAGUUUUAUUCUGGAGGCAGAAGCACUGAGGACACAUAUUCAGUCACUAAAAGCAUCAGGUCGUCGGGUCAGAGCCUUCAUCCUGCUCCAUCCCAACAAUCCUUUGGGUGAUGUCUAUGAACCAGAGUUGCUCCAUGAUCUUAUGGCUGUGUGCACCAGAGAAAAGAUCCACUUCAUUAGUGACGAAGUGUAUGCACUGUCAGUCUUUGACGAGGGUCCAAGGUUUCAUAGUGUACUCAGCUUGGAAGCUCCAGAUCCCGAGAGAACACAUGUUAUUUGGAGUUUUAGUAAGGACUUUAAUCUGGCCGGUUUGAGGGUGGGAGUCAUUGUGAAUGUCAGUCCUCAGGUGACCUCUUGCCUGAGGGCUGUUGCUGAAUAUAAAUGUGUUCCCCACAUCAUCCAGCAUGCUGCAGCCACACUCCUCAAUGAUACAGAAUGGUGUGACAAGUUUUAUCUUCCAACAAACAGAGCAAGGCUUGCCAAGGCAUACAAGGAAACAUGCAAACGUCUAGAAAUCAUGGGAGCUCAUGUCAGGAAGGCUAGGGCAGGCUUUUUUGUGUGGUUUUCUGUUCAGCCAUUCAUGAAGGAGAACACAGAAGAGGAAGAAAUGGCACUGCAGGAAGAAAUUAUGGAUGCAGGGUUAUACAUAGCACCAGGAACAAAAUUUUACUGCAUUUCACCAGGCUGGAUGCGUCUUGUAUUCACAGUUCCCAAGCAGGAGUUAAAUGAGGGUUUGAGACGUUUAGAGGGUGUCUUGCGAAGACGACAAGCAAUGUUAAAGAUAUUGAAAACAAGCAAAUGUGCAGAAUCUCUAGAAAAAAAAUGAAAUAUAUUCUAUGCUGAGCAGAUUUAUGUGAAGCAAUAGAUUUUAUAUUGUGAUAUUAUUACAUCAAUAUACUCAUGAUUAUUUUUAUAAAUUCACUUUUUAGAAUUCUCAUUAUACACAUAUGCUAUACUAUAUUACUUUAUGGUAAAAUCUGGUGAUUGUUUUGCAUGUUCAAAUGGUUGAUAGAUUGUUUUAAGUAUAGAUGAAACACUCUCUAUUAUGAAAACUACCUGUGAUGAUAUUACUUGACAUUCCUAUCUUAAGAACAAAUACUGUAAUAUGAUUUAGUAAUUGAUAAAUCUAUGUCAUAAACAAAACAAAAUCAAUUUAAUUCUCUUGUGCAACUAAGUAAUGGAAAUCUUACUUGAUUACUUAUUUACUGGAUUGUUUAUGGCCAGUUCAGCUGAAAUAUUUUUAUGCAAGUUUUAGCAUUAUUUCAUUGUCAGUUUUGACAAGGUUAGACAUGAUAUGAGUUGAUAAUGUGUUGUACUAAGCCCUUGAGUACAUUGGCUCAGGGAACAUCAGCUGCAAGAAAAAUGUUCCAGAGCAAGAAGUCUUAGUAAAGUUUAUGCAUGUAAAGGCUUACAUUUAUAAAAAAGUGUUACUAUUUUGA